AUGGCCAUUACGACUGAUAUGUCAAAGGCAUACGAUCGUGUGGAGUGGAGGUUUUUACGAGAGCUCUUGGUGGCUAUGGGUUUCAGAACUAUAUGGAUCAACUGGAUCAUGAGUUGUGUACAGACUGUCACGUACUCUGUCCUAAUAAACGGCCAACCGUACGGAAUGAUACGACCAAAACGUGGCUUGCGUCAAGGUGACCCCUUAUCUCCAUUUCUCUUUGUCUUAUGUACGGAGGCUUUGGUCCAUUUGCUUAAUCGAGCUGAAAGUCAAGCAAGAAUCACGGGUAUUCAGUUUCAUCCUAGUGGUCCGUCCAUUAAUCACAUGCUAUUCGCGGAUGAUAGCUUGUUUAUAUGUCAAGCUACGAAUCAACAGUGUCAGGAGCUUUUCGAGGUCUUAAGUGAUUAUGAAAGAGUUUCGGGUCAGAAAAUCAAUGCUUCAAAAUCGGCCAUUACUUUUGGCUCACGUGUCUCGGCAGAAAUCAAAGCUUGGAUCAAGGCCAAAUCCAAUAUCCUCACUGAAGGUGGAACAGGCAAGUACCUGGGAUUACCGGAGUAUCUAAGUGGAUCCACAAACAACAGCUUAUGGGGUACAUAA